GAAAUAAGUACAGAGUAGAGAAAUUGAAUAUUUUGAUAGUGAUUUUGGCAAAUAUUCCUUUGUUCAGUUAAAUAAGUGCAGUUUUGGGAUAUAGGGUUGUAUGUUUUUGUACACUAAUCACACAAACUACUUAAAUUGUUCAGUCAAGCCGAUCAAAAACACAAAAUAAGUGGUUCACAAGUGGGUUUCAUUUUGUUUUUUACUACUGACCUCCGAGACCAAUUCUAAAAACAGAUGUUGUAAAUUGCAAUGUCACAAUGCAUGCAGCAAGCAUUUCCUGUUGUUAUGUGUCGUAUUUCCUUUUACUUGCAUGAGGUGUGCUUGUUUCCUUUCCCGCUACCGGCCGAUUCCGUGAACCCACUGAAUGUAAUGCAGUUUAAGAACCCCGCCUCCCUGGCAGACAAAAACAUUCAAAACAAGCGCGUAGUUGUCCCAUCGAGUUGCUCGAUGGUUGCACAUUAUAACCCAUUGGUAACGUUUGGUUUUAUUUUUGUUUUUUCUUUAAAUGCAAUAUUGUAUUUUGCCCCAAAGGCUCCUAAAUGACGCUCACAAGUUGCUCGUAAGAAAUGGCCACCGGGCUCCAUUGAAUCGGAAGGAGCCGAUGGAGCGCACGGUUUUGCUGUAGGCUACUUUGUAUGAAACGCUGCAGACAUGAGGAUCACAGACAGCGUGCUGAGAAGUUUCAGGGUUGCCCGGACGUAUCGAGAAAAUUCACAGAAAGUCAACUGUGUGGACUUCAGCCCGGAUGGUGAAAAUGCAGUAGCAAGUAGCGACGACGAUUGCAUUGUGUUAUAUAAUAUCCGAGAAGGAAAACCUGAAAGGACCCUUUUCAGCAAGAAGUAUGGAGUAGACCUCAUCCACUACACACAUGGAGAUGCACAGACUGUAGUCUACAGCUCCAACAAACUAGAUGAUACCAUCCGAUAUAUGUCACUCACUGACAACAAGUACAUCAGGUAUUUCCCAGGUCACACUGCAAGAGUUAUUGCUCUCUCAAUGUCACCAGUGGAUGAUACGUUUAUCUCGGGCUCGCUGGACGAAACAAUCCGCAUCUGGGAUCUGCGUGCUCCCAACUGUCAAGGUUUGACUAAUCCACUCGGGAAACCCGUGUGUUCCUUUGACCCCGAUGGGCUGAUAUUUGCUGCAGGAGUGGAAUCACAGGCCAUUAAACUAUACGACCUCCGUGCUUUCGACAAAGGUCCCUUUGCCUCCUUCGACAUGAGGUUUAAUCGUGUCUGCGACUGGACUGGACUCAAAUUCAGUAAUGACGGGAAACUGAUUCUCAUCUCCACCAAUGGAGGGAUGAUUCGUGUCAUGAACGCCUUCAAUGGAUCCGUGCUGCACACUUUUUCUGGCUACAACAACAGCAAAGGCAUCUCCCUGGAGGCUUGCUUCACUCCAGACUCUCAGUUUGUGAUGAUCGGCUCAGAGGACGGGAGAGUCCAUGUUUGGAGCACUGAGAGCGGGAUGAAGGUUGCUGUGCUGGAUGGGAAACACCCCGGACCCAUCAACACGCUGCAGUUCAAUCCCAGAUACAUGACGUUUGCCAGCGCCUGCAGCAACAUGUUGGUGUCAGAUUCAUACAGAGAGCCGGCACAGAGCUGGGACAAGGAUUACGAUCAGUUCCUACUUCCUCUGCUCACGCCUCAGGAGCCGUGCUACAUCCUCUACCGUCUGGACUCCCAGAAUGCACAGGGAUACGAGUGGAUCUUCAUCGCCUGGUCACCUGACCAAUCACCAGUGAGGCAGAAGAUGGUGUACGCGGCGACCCGAGCCACGCUGAAGAAAGAGUUUGGAGGGGGUCACAUAAGAGAUGAAAUGUUUGGCACAGUGGAGGAUGACCUUUGUUUCCAGGGAUACUUACGACACAUGGCCUCCUGCUGCUGCCCCGCUCCGCUCACAGCAGCCGAGCAGGAAUUACAACGAAUAAAAGUCACAGAGGAUAAAGCUAUGUGGGAUGAACGGAGACGGAUUGGGACUCCAACAGCUCGAGCGAGGGUUACGAUGGAGUUUGGCUUGGACAAAAGGCCACAUACUCUUCAAGGUCUUGCAUUCCCCUUACAAGAAGAGACCAAACAAGCUCUGCAGCAGCUCAAGAAGAGACGCAUCAACUACAUACAGCUGAGGUUGGACGUAGAGAAAGAGACCAUUGAGCUCGUUCACACCAAGCCUACGGAGACCCAUGAGCUCCCCUACCGGAUCCCCCCGGAUUGCCCCAGAUACCACUUCUUCAUCUUCAAACAUUCCCACCAAGGGCAGCGGCAGGAGGCGCUGGUGUUCAUAUAUUCAAUGCCUGGAUACACUUGCAGCAUCAAGGAACGGAUGCUAUACUCCAGCUGUAAGAACCGUCUGCUGGACGAGGUUGAGAGAGACUACCAGUUGGAGGUCACCAAGAAGAUGGAGAUAGACAAUGGCGACGGCCUGACGGAGGACUUCCUGUAUGAAGAGGUGCACCCGAUAGAACACACCUUAAAGCAGGCCUUUGCAAAACCCAGAGGACCGGGAGGAAAGAGAGGCAACAAACGCCUUAUCAAGGGUGCAGGGGAGAACGGGGAAGAAAGUUAGACAGAACGCACACACGCACACACACAUCCAUUGCAUCCAAUGCUUUAGGCAAGCAUCUAUGAAUUGACUUGUUAUUUGACUUUUCCGCUUUUAGCAAUUUCUUCCUUACUGCGAUUAGAUUUCACAAUGACAACAGGAGAUGAAAGAAUACUCCAAAAAUAGGAUUUUUUAAAAUAAAAGUGAUUGUUAGGAAUUCUCUUAAAAAUACAUCCUUUUAUUAAGGAUUAAGUUAAGAACACGUUUGGUAGUCUAAACAGGGUGGUGGCUGAUAUUACACUUGUUUUUUGAAAACACCAUGAAGUUGUCUACAAUGUGUAUUAUAGUCUAAAACACUAUUGCUACCUUAAACCUAUGAAUCUUGAGGAAAUGUGUAAAAAUGUUGCACAAUCUAAAAUAUUUCUAUUUCAUGUGAUGUUUAAAACCCAAAGGGUCUUGGA